UGCGGUUUUCCACCCAUUGGGCGUCCGACACCGCAGCGCCUCGGACAAACAUGUGUAAAGUCAUCCUGAGAUUGAGGAAUAUCGCUCAUUAGAGGUUAUUAUUCAAGGUGACAACGUGCUUCCGAAACCCAUUUUGAGACAACAACAGUAGAACAGCGUUGAUUGAUAAGAACAUUAAUAUUUGCAUAUCUAUUAUUUCCUGUUAUUAACACCUGCGAGUCGCGCUCGUGGCAUUGUUACCACUUGUCGAGGUAGUGUGUAAAUGAGCAAAGUUCCGAGUGUGUUUACCAAAACGAAUAACUUCACCGUCUUUAUGGGGGGACCACGUUGAUCUCGCAACAUGAAGAGAUGCAUUAAAGUGACAGUCUUUUGCCAAGUCCUGCUGUCGACGGUAUGUGAAGUUAGAUUGGGUUCAUUGCCUAGCUGUUUUAAAGAAUUCAAAUGCCCUAACUCGCAAACGUGUUGCGGUAACGUUUGCGUUGCAUCUCAAGUUUGCAAAAUCGAGUGUCAAGAACAGGCGGAUUGCGAUAAAUUGGUAGACAACCACGGAUGUGUUGCUGGAUUUUGUGAGUGUCCUCCAUCGUCACCUUGUAUUAACAUAUCAACAAUUCGUGACAACGAGUCAAGUCCGUCUUGUGCAACGGAUUUUAAUUGUACGAAACUUGCGAAAUGUCGCAACUGGACCUGCGUAACUAACGAUGGACAUAGUAAAGAGUCGCCGUUAAACCCGGCGCUUUUAGCAAUUGUGACAAUCAUCGGCGUUCUCGUGUUCUCUUGCCUUUUCUGCUGUUGUUUAAGCCGAAUGAAAAGUGAAAGGCAUUCAAUGAAAACACGAGUUGCCAAAGGUAAAUUAAAGAGAGUUCACCACCUUGGCGAAGACGCCGAUAGCGCGGCAAAAAGCGCUUUGGUUGGUGUUGAGGGUCAGGCUUCCCCGGUUAAAGAUGGGAAAGAUACAAAAGAACUCGAUGCAGAGGACGAAGCUUUAAUUUCUAUUGUAACUGGCGGACCUGCUUUGGCUCCAAUUCGCGAAGAAGACGAGGGAGAUGACGAAGCAGAGAAGGCUUAGAAAACAACUUGAAAACAGCUGUGUUUACCUGACGGGUGAAACAUGAUUAUUGCGCCUUCAAAAAGAGCUGAAAACUCACUUGAUUGGUUGCCAUCGACGGAGAAGCGCGACUAGCGUCGAUGGAAAGCAAUAAACAGACAAAAUCAUGAGUUUUCAGGCAUGAAAAGCUCGUAACAAUCAUAUUUCCGUGCAAAUUAGCACGUUAUUGAUUAAAACUCGCACUGUUGGUUAAUAGCACAGCUUUUUUCGCCUGUGGUUCUUGGGGAUGGUGUCGGUAAAAACCAACGAACGUGAAGGUGGAUAUUGCAAGUUAUUAUGCCCUGUUUUUUAAUCAAUUCUUAAACCACGCAGCUUUUAAAUCUGCAAUUGAAAUCUGCGGUUGUCAUUUGAAGUAGAUUUGGCCGUUUAGAGCAAAACAAAAGUGGAACUUGUCGAAAUCAUACAUCUUCAUCUAUUUUCCAAUUCUCAUUUGGUUUACAAACUAGAAUUUUCUUUUGACAUGAUAAUGAAUUAGGCGACUGAUAAGAAUUGAGUUUCGACACAGUGUUAUCACACGCAACCUCGGAUAGUAGUAGAUAAAUUUAUUUGUCAAGAUUAAAAUGAACUGACUGGC